AUGUUAAUACUCUUGUUGCUUGGAAAAGUAUCUGGAAACUUAAUAUUUAUGCCGAGAGUUAAAAUCUUUUUAUGGAAAACUUUAAGUGAUUGUCUUCCUGUUAAAGAAAUUUUGGGUAGACAUACCCCUAUUGAUAUUCAGUGUCCCUUAUGUAAUGGUUUAGCCAGUGAAAGUAUAGAUCACCUGUUUACUAAAUGUGUUUUCACUGAAGCUAUUUGGAGGGUAUUAUCUAUCGAUGCUGUGUUUUAUAAAGAUGUUAAUAUGUCUUACAAGGACUGGUGUCUUAUUUGGCUUAAGGAUGGUGUUAAUAGAGAUUUCUACUCUUACGUUCUCUGGUAUAUUUGGAAAUAUAGGUGCAAAGUGGUUUUUCACAAUGUUUGUCCUAACCCUUAUGAUCUAAUUGAAUUCAUUAAAAAGGACGGUCCACAAUUUUUGGACAGUAAGACUAUAUAUUUAGACAGUAAACGGGUUUCUUCUCAGUGUGAUUUAAUUCAUCCUAGCUGUUUGCAUGAAAGAAAGGAUAUUCUGGAGAAGGUUGUUUACAUUUACUUUGAUGCGGCUUUUAAUAUAAAGACUAAGAAAUUUUCUUAUGGUAUUGUUGAAAUGAAUAACGAAGGCUACCUUCUCAAUUGUGCAGGAGGUUCGGGAUGGUAUUCAAGUCCAGAGGAAGCUGAAUCUAGAGCUUGCAGAGCAGCAACAAGAUGGAGGCAAUUUACCAGAAUUGAAAGACUAGUCUUCCUCAAUGACAAUAUGAAUGUUAUCAACAGUUUAAGGAAGAAAAAUUUUGCUGUUAAUUGGAUUUCGAGAUCCAUCUUGCAACAAGCUCAUAAUUCUAUUAAAGUUCUUGCUAAUCCUUCCUUUGUUUAUAUUCGGAGAUCGUGUAAUAAUUUAGCAGACAAUCUUGCCAAAUUUCUUAUUAAAUAUGCGAAUGUGCAUAUAGAUUCUAGAUCUUGGGAGAAAUCUAGAAAAGAAAGUUGGUUAGAAGUUCUUUGUAAGCAUAACAAUGUAUUUUCUUUUCUUUAG